AUGGGAAUGGGUGCAUCCGUGCGUCGCGAGCAAAAACCCAGCGCUGUGCAGGAUCCGACCUCUGAUGAGAGCCAGGCUUCUCAUGGUCGGGCAGAUGCUGGGACGCAGGCGCCGGGCGCCGAGGCGGAUGCUGCGAGCCCUCAGCAGUUAAAGGCUGCGCCUGAGCCCGAAGGGCCCGCAGGGCCUCCUGCAGGGUCUCUUGCAGGGCCGCCUGCAGGGCCGCCUGCAGGGCCGUCUGCAAGGCCAUCUGCAGGGCCUGCAGGGCUCGAAGUGGUUCAGGCAGCGAAGCUCAGCCCAGGGGCUGAGCCGAUCGCAGCUGGAGGAAGCUCCUCCAGUGCCGCUCUCGUUCAGGCCGUGGAGGCGGAGGAUUGGGCUGCAGCAGAGCAACUCCUCAAUGAGAGGCCAGGGGAUUGCGACGUCAAUGCGCGGACAACCGACUGGAACUACAGCUUGCUGCGUGCCUGUGCAGAGGAGGGCGCCGAAGGCCUUUGCCAGCUGCUCCUUGCCAGGCAGGCCGACGUGAAUGCGCGCGACCAGAACAACAUGACGCCAUUGAUGGGCUGUGUGGUGGGAGGUGACUACAGCGGUAUUGUCUCACUACUCCUGGAGGCACGCGCCGACGCUGCAGCCAUCACCGAUGAUGGCUUCACAGCUUUGAAGUGGGCAACGCGGUUGAAUCGAGACGCUUCCAUCACGCUGUUGCGAAAUGCCGGCAUGACUGGUGAGGCCUCUGCCUUUGCUUAG